UUAAAUUCACCAAGCAUGUGGCAAAUCUCACUCCAAGCCUUCUUCAAAAAUUGACAGCUCUGCAUUUUUUUGUGCAAUUUGGAGAAAAUAUAAUUCUAAACAUCACUCAAAUCAGAAGUGGCUCAGUGAAGGUUCGUUUCAAUUAAUUUGCUUUGUCUUCGCUCUAGUGUUCCAGCCCAGCGAGCGUUCUUUAGCCGUUUUUCAGACCUGCGCAGCCAGGAGGAACCCGACGCUGGUGGACGUGUUUCUCUCUUGUAGUGGAACAUAUAUAUUUUUUCACUUUUAGUAUUAAGGAAUGAUAAUGCACGGCCCCAUGUCGCAAGGAUAUGUACACAAUUCCUUGAAUCUGAAAAUGACCCAGUUCUUCGAUGGCCUGCAUACUUACAAGACUUGUCACCCAUUGAGCAUGUUUGGGAUGCUCUGGAUCGACGUGUACAACAGCGUGUUCCAGUUCUUGCCAAUAUCCAGCAACUUCGCACAGCCAUUGAAGAGAAGUGGGACAACAUUCCACAGGCCACAAUCCACAGCCUGACCAACUCCAUGCGAAGGUGAUGUGUUGCACUGCAUGAGGCAAAUGGUGGUCACACCAGAAAUUGACUGGUUUUCUGAUCCAUGCCCCCAUAGCUGUGGAAAGUAGGGGUGCUGAGGGUGCUGCAGCACCAUCUGAAAAAUCUGACUUUUUUCCCUUACCUACUAGUCCUGUAUUAGUGUACGGAUAUAACGGUCUGUAAGUAAAUAAAAGUUCUGAUUUCCUUAUAUGAACGGUAACUUGUAAAAUAGUUCCAUGUUGCAUUUUAUUUUUGUUCAGUGUAAUUUAUUUAGUGUUUUAUAUUUAUAUGUCUUAAUCUGGGAUGCUGUAUUAAGCUGUUUAGCUGCUUACAUGAUUUGAAAUGCCUUUCCCUGGUGUUGUGGGGGCCUCUGGACAGAUGUCAAAUGACGCACAAUAUACAGUUUCACAUUUAUAAUUCCAAAUGAAAUACAUUAAAUGUGAAGGAAUGGGAUGAUAUCCAAAUGUAUCGAGUAGUAUGCGCUGAUUUAGCUCCCAAUAAUGGAUUAUACAAUACUCAGUUGUGUAGUUAGUCCGUUAUGAUAUAAUUCAGUUUGACCUAUGCUCUAUCACACGCUAUUGUGGAUGGUGUUGGCACAUCCUUGUUAUGUUCUACAUUUUCUCUCGUUACACUUGGGUGAGAAACUGUAGUUCUGUUUAUUUUCAGUUUUCCAGGGGAGUGUUCGUUUUAUUAAAAUCUAGGUUAAGAAGCAUCUUCUUGUCCAUUCCUUUAGCUCUUUGGAUGGGGGAUAGAGUUUAUUAUAAAGAAAAGUAGAUUUACUGAAGAUUUCAUGCAACAACAAAAAAAGCCACUCAUUGUCGCCUGCUGGAAUCCCUAGAAGCCCCAUCCCACCUAUGUUUUCGACAUCAUCCUUUAUGAAGUUGACAAAAAAAAGAAAUUCUCUCAAAGCCUCUUUUUUUUUUCUCCUGCCAGUCUUUUUGGAUGAUUUGCUGGGAGCGCAAUACCUCACUUCUCUCACAUUAUUCCCCCCAUUCUUGCACCAUCCAUCUGUAAUGCUUAGCAGUCUGGCUGGAAAGAGUCAGAAGGAAGGUCGUAGGACGACAAGUGUCUCUGGAACUCCUCUUUCCUUGUCUCACGGAUCGAGUGUUCCUUCAGGACCAUGAUAGUCACGGAGACACCAUAUAGAAGUGCUUGAGGAAGGGAGGAAUCUUCUCAGCCACGCCAGCCCAGGGAGAGUCCUGUUGGACCUGAAGAAAACACCCCUGACCCGGAAGUGAAUCCCGUCCACCAGCCUGAACAUGACUAACCACGGAGAUGACUGCUAUUUCUUCUACUACUCCAACUGUGCUAAAGGUGAUUGCUGCCCCUUCAGACACUGUGAUGCCGCCAAAGGCAGUGAAGUUGUCUGCAGCCUGUGGCAGGAGAGCCGCUGCUUCCGACAGGUCUGCAAGUUCCGCCACAUGGAGAUUAAGAAAAACAGGAAGGAGAUGGCGUGUUACUGGGAGAACCAGCCUACUGGCUGCCAGAAGCCUCACUGUGCGUUCCACCAUGAGAAACCACGCUUCAUAGACGGCCAAUACGUACCGCCUAACAAAAGUUUCGCCCUGACAGAGGAAGAGGAGCCUCAUGAGGAUCCUUUGCCUCCUGUCUCUGCCCCCAUCCCAGUCAACCCCCAGCUCCAUGGGGUCAUUAAGGCGGAGACACAGGAGAACGUUCCCAGCCCUACCCACCCGCCUGUGGUCAUCAAUCCGGCAGAUGAUGAUGAGGAUGAAGAUGAUCAGUUCUCAGAGGGGGAGGACAGCAGGUACGGCUCAGACGGAUCCAGAGUGGUCUCUCCCAGAAAGAUGGCCGUGGCCUCCAACUCCGAUGACUCGCUCAACUUUGGUGUCAGAACCUUGGAGGAGAUCAGACUGAGGAAAGCCCUGAAAGCCAGUAUGAGGAUAGCUGGUUAUCCAGUUCCUGGCCAAGGCUCAGAUCAGAGAAACAAUGGCAUGAGCAGCGAGAAGGAGAACAUGAAAUCCUUUAUCCGUCCAUCUCUCUUCACAGCUAAGGAUGAAGUUCCUGCCGGGGGUGACAUGCCAAUGAACCGCCGUCUGGCCGAGCGCCUCGGGAGGAACAUGGAGGAGGAUGAAAUGGACCUGCCCCCUCGGAAAGCUGUGAAACCUGUCAGGGACAGACUGGGAUUACCUGUUGAACCCAUUGCUGCAUCUGAAUCAGCUGAGAGCAACAGCAAGACUACAGCGUCUGAAGUAAUCCGCAUCAAAACCCUGGAGGAGAUUAGGCAUGAAAAGUUAGCCAAGACUCGGGGUCAAGGGGACGACCAUCGUCCUUCAGUCCCUGAUACCACCGCUUCCAAGGCCUCAAAGAAAAGUGCCGCUGUCAAAUCUGCAGCUGGUCUUCAUGUGAAGACCUUCUCUGAGAUCCUCCACGCCAAGAGGAAGCUGGAGGAGGACCAGGGGCCCAGCCUCAGGAAGGCCAAGCUGCUGGCUGUGGAAGCAGCUUUGGGUAACUCCCAGAGACCCCCAGAGCCAGCCAUGCCCAUGCGGGUGGCCCCUCCUGGGGGAAGAGUUAAGGUGAAGACCCUGGAGGAAAUCCGCAGGGAGAAGGCAGCCAGGAUGCAGGACUUGGGACAGGAGGCGUCUAACGGGAAAAUCCCAGGCUCUGCCCCGGCCUCCAAAGAGGAAGGUGCCAAGAAGUCCUGCAUACUGCUUAUCAACAAACCAGCUUCUGCUGCCAGCACUACCACCCAGAAGACAUCCGAGGUGACCGAGAAAGAGAAGCCAGCUGAGCCUGCUGCUGUUGCUACUGAGGCCACCCCUGCUAACGGUAGCAGGGUGAAUGUGAAGACCUUUGAGGAGAUCAUGCAUGAGAAGAGGCUCCGCAGGCAACAGCUGCAGGAGGAGCAGGCCUUGUCCACCAGCCACUCAGAGCAGGCCUUGUCCACCAGCCACUCAGAGCAGGCCUCGUCCACCAGCCACUCAGAUCAGGCCUCGUCCACCAGCCACUCAGAGCAGGCCUCGUCCACCAGCCACUCAGAGCAGGCCUCGUCCACCAGCCAAUCAGAGGGCUUCGCCAAGGCUGAAUCUACCCAGAAACAGGCCGGAGGCCCUGCCCCCCAGAGGGAGAAGAGGGUGUGGGUGAGCCCCUCUGCCGCCUCCUUGCCCCCCACCAUCACCCUGGAGGCACCUGCCCAUGCUCCCAAGGCCCCAUCCCCUCUGCUCUGUGCCACCCUACCCCCCCAACAGGGGACUCCACUAAGGCAGGCUGAGCCAGACUCCCCCUCCCUCAGCCCCAGGAGCUUCAGCACUGCCCCAGGCAAGAGGGAGAGAGGCUCCCCAGGAGGUUCCAGUCCCCCCAAGCAGGCUGCCUUAGCAUCAGCUACCUCCUCUAGGCCCUCUGUGGAAGAGGCUCCAGUUGAGAAGGCUGGGCAAGCUACUGAAGCUAAAGUAAGGCCCAAGCUGAACGUGAGGCCUUCUGUGAUGAAGCCGGCUGCCCAGGUAAAGCCAGGCCAGAAAAGGAGAGCAGCAGAAAGAUCUGCUGUUGCUGCAGUCAAACCCCUCAACUGCACCUCCACAGCACAGGAAGAGCCACCACAGGAGCUGCCCUGCAAACUGAGAGAGGUGUCCUUUCCCUUCUCCAGAAUUCAGGCCCAAAUAAGUCCGAUGGUUCCUAGGAGUCCUCCCACUAUCCCGGGCCUGGGCCACAGCUCCAGUCCCCUGAGAGAGGAGUUCCAGGCGGUCCCUGUCAAACAGCACAGCCCAGCCAUCCCCACAGCAGCCCCAGAUACCUACAUAGUCCCACAAAGUCCUUUGGUGAAGACGCCCACCCAGCCCAAGGCUCGGCGGCCCACCGUUAGCUCCUCCGCCAUGGACGAAUUUGACGAACUGAUGAUCGAGUUCACAGAUGACCGUCUGGAAGACGACUUGGAGCUGGACCCCGGCAAGGGAGAGGACGACUAUCUGCUGGAGCUGUCUGAGAUGAUUGACAGCUAGACUGGCCUACCUGCUAACCCAAUCACGACCCCUGGCCGACCCUUGACCUUGAGUAACGCUUAUGUUCAUGUCACCUGAUACCUUAUACCCCGUUCACAACCCCUGACCGACCCUUGACCUUGAGUAAUGCAAAUGUUCAUGUAACCUGAUACCCCAUUCAUGACCCCUGACUGACCCUUGACCUAGAGUAACUCCUACAUUCAUCACCACCAAUAGAAUUUCACCACCGGAACUAAUCAAAAACCCUCAGUCAACCACCUGAACUAACACCAGUUGAACUUUAACCUACUACCAGACAAACUUGCAGGGCAUCAAUGUUACUGAAGAUCUCCAACCACCUUCACCAUCUCUCAGCCCAUUUCAUGGUAGUAGACUGGUUGCUCGCUCCAACAUGUCAGAGGGGACUAAUGUUAAUUAAAUAAAAAAUAAAAUGCAUUAUAUUUUACAUUUUUAGAUGGUAUUGUUUUUACUCUUUACUAUUUCAUUCAUAGUUGUUACCUUUUGUCCUGGGAAAACGAUCCUUUAUGUAUUUUAAUUUCUGUACCUUUUUGAUUAUUUGACACUAGUAGUGAUAUACUUUAUACUUUUAUUUUUUUGGCUUUAUUUUUUUUGUCCUGAAAGAUAACAUGGAAAAAGCAAACAAUUUGUUGAAUGAUAUACAAAUAUAUUUUUCAAACAUCCUCAGGAAUUACCAUCUUGCAUUGUAAAGACGAGCUUGUGAUCUUAGCUGCCAGUCCUGUCACCCAUGGAUCAUUGUUUGUUGCAGAAAGACUGAAUCUGUGUAUGCUUAGAAAACUGCUUUAAAUGGAAGAGCUACAAUAACUAACUGGUCUAGCAGGGUGUCAGACUGCUGCUGCAAUUACAAUCGUUAGCCUGCUCCUGCGUUUGCCUUGAGCUCAUGUCUACUGUCAGACUGACGCUCCAAAAAUCAUGUACAAAGUUUUGUUCACCUCAAGUUCUGAACUGAUACAACGGUAAAUGUAAAGUGGUUGUGGGAACUUUGAGUUAGCUAUAUUUGAAAUAUUAAGUGAAUGUUUACCCUCAAGUAUUUGGACCUAAAAGUAAGAUUUGUUUUUCAGGUUUGUAUUAUAGAAGUUAACUCUGAAAUUAGUCCCUUUUUAAAUACAACUACCAUGUUCCUCUAGUUUCGCCUACCUAUUUUUCCCCCCUUUUUUAUUUGUAUUGUAUGUUGGUCAACACGUGUGUUUGGAUGAAAUACCAUUUUGGACAAUGUUUUAAACCUACCCAAUUAUUUUACUGAACAAUUCAACACAGUUGAUUGUUUAACAUCCAACCUGCUCUCUGUUCAACCUUUUGUUACAAAUAGUGUUUUCUAGUCUUAAAAUGUGAAAAAGCAGCUUCUCAGGGACUAUGAAUCUGCUGUCUGACUUUGAACCUAUUUGUAAUGUUCAUACACCAUGUCUGAAUUCAACUGACACUUUCCACUGCUAGCAUGUGUCAACUGGCCUUAGUGGUUGGAGUACCAGUUGGUCCUGUCCCAUGUCAACUGUGAUCAGAUAUCUGCUGAUCAGAGUUGUAUGAUCUUGGAUGAUGAGCCUGUUGGUUGUGUAUCUGUACCUGCUUGAGCCUGUUCUGAUGUAAAUGUCUAAAGGGUGUUGUACAUAAUAAAAAGGCUUUCAUGAAUAGUUGCUAUUCA